AACUUUCACAGAUGUUGUGGGCGUUGGGGAAGAGGUUUGUGGUGACGGCUGUGGCUGCUGGCUGCAGCAUCCACAUCACCACCACCUACAUCGGCAACCUCACAGUGAGCAAAGGGCCUUCGAUGAUGCCGACAAUCAAUCCCAGCGGAGAUAUCUUACUCACAGAGACCAUCACCCCUCGAAUGGGCAAGCUGCAGCGGGGCGACGUGAUUGUGGCCAAGUCCGUCACCAAUCCAAAGAGCCUCGUCUGCAAGCGGAUCAUCGCCAUGGAAGGGGAGCGUGUGUGCGUGAACCCCACUGGCUUUCCAAAGCGCUUCCGCACGGUGCCGCGCGGGCGUGUGUGGCUGCAGGGCGACAACCUGUCCAACUCCACAGACUCUCGCACCUACGGCUUUGUUCCGCUUGCCCUCGUCACAUCACGCGUCGUGGCCAGGGUGUGGCCGCCGCAGCAAUUCAAGUUCAUUGAGCGCGAGCUCCCCCAAUUCCUCCCAUCGCCAUCAUCAUCAUCAUCAUCAUCAUCAUCAUCAUCACCAUCACAACACUGCGAAGAGAGCAUGACAGCAGCAAUCAAGAAGAGCAGCAGCAAGGAGAAGGAACAGGGCCAAGCUGCUUGCACGAGGCCAGGGGAGCACACGUCAGUGCAGGAAGAGGGCAGUGGUGACGCAACUAGUCCGGCGGUUGGAGACAGUACCACGCAGCCAGGGUUGCGAAGACACGGACCAAAGAGUAAUGCCACCACCUCUGGCCAGCAUCGGGCUGUGGUGGCACAAAUCACUGCCGACAACAAGCAGGAAGGCGACGACAGGCCGCCCCUUGAGCCGCAAAGGCAGCAAGGGCGCGGGCUUGGAGGUGGUGGCGAUAGCGAUAGUUGUGGUGCUGAUGGUGUUGUUGUUGUGGUUGGAGCGACGGAGGAAGAGGGCGAGGUUAACAAAGGCGGACAGGUGCCGCAGCAAGCUGACGGUGCUACAAGGGUGGCGGAGGGCGAGAGAAUCGAGGUGUGCAGUGGUGGUGAUUAUGACGGCCACAACAGGGGCCAUGGUAUCGAUGGUGGUAACAGCACGACGCCUGCUGUGAGAUAGCUGAGUCCGUGGUUUGUGUUAGGUUUGAGUCAAUAAACCGUUUGAUGGCGUGGUCAUGGUGUGUUGUUGGCUCGUUAUUUGUAUUGAUGAUUCAGCACAGACAUCCAGAACAGACAUCCAGCACAACACAGACAGCACGUUGACACGAAGGACUAUGGAACCAAGUAACAGCCAAGAACUUGGGGAGGAGUACUGUGUGGGGGGGGGGGCACAUGAGAUGAGUGGUUGAGCGAGCACACGGG